UGUCCUCCUGGCCGCCAUUAAAGAAUUCAAUCCAUGAGUUGAAAUAAUGGAAAUCUGCUGGAGCCAUGGAGCACAGGCAGGGGGGCGCGCAAGCCGAUGAGUAGCCUCGCCGUUUCGCCCUUUCCUUCCUUUCUCGGGGGUUGUUUUCGGGGAUCGCACGGGGGGAGCAUCAUGGUGCUUGUUAGCGAAACGGGGGGGCGGCGGAGCUAAUUGUUUUAUGGAGGCUAGCGUUGUUGGACCUCUGGCAUGUUAGCUCGUCUGCUAGCAGGCUAGUAGAGACCAGGGGGAGGGGAGAGACAGACACACAGACAAGACAGACAGACGCACAGAGUUCCUUUGCCUUGAAAUUGUUUCAGAUCGGCUAGCAGCCAAUAGCGCUAGCGCAUUCGGGGCUGAAGUUUUUCCUGUUUUACUUUCGGAGCUCCCCGUAUUUUUUUGUGCACCGCGAAUAUCACUUAGUCAGCGGUAGUCAAUCCGGUCAUGUUAACUCGUGCUAUUUUGAUAUUUACGGUCAUGUAGCCUCACCGCCGCCAGCACGCUCGCUCACUGGAAGCCCACCGGACAAUACAUUUCAAAUCGGAAUAGAUGAAUCGUUUAGCUAGAUGCUUGUCUUUCCGCUCGAUGCGAUCCAUAACGUUGGCUUAGCUUUCGGGCUAGCGGCGGCUAGCGCCGGCUGGAAGUUGCCUGGCUGACUAGCGGCGGCUGGUCGUAGAAGCAGCACCCCCCCGAGCGAGCAGUUCUUGUGUGCGACCAUGGACUUAAAGGUUCCGAAGACGCAGUGACAAGGAUGACUUCGUGCUUUGUACCAAACGGGGCCAGUUUGGAGGACUGCCACUCCAACCUCUUCUGCCUGGCUGAUUUGACCGGGAUAAAAUGGCGACGCUUUGUGUGGGAAGGCCCCACGUCGUCGCCCAUCCUCUUCCCCGUGACCGAGGAGGACCCCAUCUUGUGCAGCUUCAGCCGGUGCAUGGCGGCCGACGUGCUGAGCGUGUGGCGGCGGCAUCCCACGCCCGGUCGCCGGGAACUCUGGCUCUUCUGGUGGGGCGACGACCCCAGCUUCGCCGAGCUCAUCCAUAACGAACUCUUGAGCGAGGAGGACGGCGAGUGGGAAAGCGGCCUGUCCUACGAGUGUCGCACGCUCCUGUUCAAAGCCAUCCACAACCUGCUGGAGCGCUGCCUCAUGAACCGCGGCUUUGUACGCAUCGGCAAGUGGUUUGUGAAGCCUUAUCAGAAGGACGAGAAAGUCAUCAAUAAAAGCGAGCAUCUGUCCUGCGCGUUCACAUUUUUCGUGCACGGCGACAGCAGCGUGUGCACCAGCGUGGAGAUUGCGCAACACCAGCCUCUGCAGCGGCUGAGCGAGGAGCACCUGAGCCUCGCCCAGCAGAGCUCCAGCCCCUUGCAAGUCAUCUUGAGCCCGUACGGCUUGAACGGUUCCCUCACGGGCCAGGGCUUCAAAAUGUCCGACCACCCCACGCAGAAGCUCAUUGAAGAGUGGCGGCAGUUUUAUCCCAUCAGCCCCAAUCCUAAGGAGAUCCAGGAGGAGAAGAUGGAGGACGGCGACUGGGAGGAUGACUCCCUGGCGGCCGUGGAGGUUCUCGUUGCUGGAGUGAGGAUGGUGUACCCUUCCUGUCUGGUGCUCCUCCCCCUGACAGAUCUCCCCGCAGUGGUCUCUCAAGGUUCAUCCAACACCUCAGGAAGCACGUGCGGCGGCGCUCAGUCAGGCCAGGCCGCUCACAGAGAUCCCGCCAUGUCCUCUGUCACGCUGACGCCGCCAACGUCGCCGGAGGAAGCUCAGACUGGCUAUCAGCCAGCACACAGGUGGCAUAAAUUGUCUUCUGCGUCCGACGGCUUCAGUAACAACAACACUCUUCACGGGGGGAAAAUCCCUCGAAGGCUGGCCAGCCACAUGGUGGAGUCCGUUUGGCAGGAGUAUAACAUAAACCGCACAGGGAACAAGAGGAAGUUUACAAACUUGACCAACGGGACUUGUGAGGACGAGGCGGACAAAACCGGGCUGUGGGAUUUCAUGGAGCCCGUCCACAGGCCACAUUGCAAUUGUUCAAGGCAUAAGAAUUCGAAGCAGCGGCCCAUCAACACCUCAGGACACCCGCCGUCGUCAGGCCAGCCCACCCCGCCAGCCCCAAAGCACAAGCUGGUCGAGAAGCUGGAGAAGGGCGAGAAGCAGCAAAAGAGGCCGCAAACUCCCUUUCACCACCGCAACUCUGUGAGCGACGAGCAGCCGCUGGAGCCUCAGACGCCCAGGCUGUGCCUGCGAGGGCAGGAGGAGGGCACCUACCCCAGCCUGCACCACGUGGACACGGCCCCGCCCCCCAAAGCGCCCACGCCGCACACCCACGGCCCCCCCGCCGACCUGGUGGGCUCGCCGCCGCCCCCGCCGCUCAGCCCGCACCCGUGCGACCACGCCGACGGCGACCUGACUCCGAGCGGCAUGAAGAACUCCACGCCCAUUCACCAGCCCUUUUACCCGCCUUCGGUGGAGCCUUGCCUGCUGCCUCAGAAGAGCUCGUCGGAAGAGCCCCCUCCGGAGAGCACGCCCAUGCCUUUACCCUUCCCCCCACCCUUUAACGAAACCUUGGAGCCCACCGUCUUUAUCGGCUCCGCCGUCAACCCCAACGAAGAUUCCGGACACAACCCCUGGAAGUAUUUCAACCUGCCGAGGAAGAAGGCGGCCAUCUUUCACACACCUCUGCUACCUGCCGAUAAAGUACGAGAUGACUGUGGAGGCGGCGCGGGAGCCGAAAGCGUCGUGUCUGUUACAGAGUUGAUGGUGGGCUCCAUGCAGCCUCUCAAAGUGUCCCAGGACGUGGUGAAGACCUACGCCCAGCGAAGGAAUACAUACAUGUCCUGCGCCACGACGGACGCCGACCACAGCGGCGAGCCGGACCCAUAUGCCUUUGACGAAGGGGAUGAGGAAUUCAGUUUCAGGGAAAAGAGGGACAAGUCUGGAGUUGAGAGGGAUGGGAGCAAGAAACAUAAGCUGGAUGACGGAUCGGCUUCAGCCGAUGAAGGUCAAGGUCCAUCAGGCAGCAAGCCAGCCGCCUCCACCAGCCUCAUCCAUGAGAACGACUUGGCCGUGUCCUAUAGCGACUUGGAUAAAAUCUUCAAUUCGGAUGAAGAUGAGUUAGCGCCUGGAGCCAAAAGAGCCAGCGCUGGUGUCGAUGACAAGUUUGUCUCGAAAGAAGCAAAGCCCUCUUUGGACCCCUUGGCUUCCAUCAGCACGGCAGAUCUGCACAAGAUGUUUCCCACCCCACCGUCUACGGACCAGCAGGGCUACUCCCCCAUGAACUCCGGCAGCAAGGACAGCCUGGAAGCGGGGGCCGGCCUCACCCUGCUGGACAGCAGCCAGCUCAACAACCAUUUCAAGAUGGAGGUGGAGGAGGGUUUCUGCAGCCCCAAGCCCACUGAAGUAAAGGACUUUUCUUUUGUGUACAAGCCGGAGACGAGUCAGCCUUUUAUUGGCUGCUCCAUGUACGCCCCUCUGAAGACCCUGCCCAGUCAGUGUCUGAUGCCAAUCAAGCUGCCCGAGCACAAAUGUGUGUACAUGCGGAACUGGAGCAUCGGCAAAAUGGAGCUGAUGCCAGCGGUGGUGACCAAAGACGGCAACAUCCCAAGUGUGGAGCCCGAUGACAUCCAGAGCCACACCCCUCAGACCCACACGCCCGUCAUGUCCAGCAGCGCCCCUCCCAGCAACAGUGGCGCGGGCAUCCUCCCGUCGCCGGCCACGCCCCGUUUCUCCGUGCCCACGCCUCGCACUCCCCGCACCCCUCGAACGCCGCGCGGACCCUCCAGCGUCCAGGGCUCGCUCAAGUACGACAACUCUGACCUCUACUCCCCGGCUUCCACUUCCUCCACCUGCCGGCCGCUCAGCUCGGUGGAGCCGGCCACCGUCCCGUCCGUCCCUGAGGCGCACAGCCUCUACGUCACGCUCAUCCUCUCCGAGUCGGUCAUGAACCUCUUCAAGGACUGCAACUUCGACAGCUGCUGCGUGUGCGUGUGCAACAUGAACAUCCGAGGCGCCGACGUGGGCGUGUACCUGAAGGACAACGGCGAGGCCCAGUACCCCUGCACGUGCGGCUUCAGCGCCGUCGCCAAUCGCCGCUUCGGCCAGUCCGCCGGGCUCUUCCUGGAGGACGAGCUGGACGUGGUCGGCCGCGGCUCGGACGCCGGCCGCGACACGGAGCGCUGCUUCGAAGAGCUGCGGGCGUCCGCCAAACACAAGUCGUGCAGUCUGAAGGAGAAACCGCCCGACGAGCUCAUUCUACUUCUCCAGGACCAGUGUACCAACCCGUUUGCGCCCAUGGGAGGUGUGGAGUACCCCAAACUGAGCUCCGCCCCCAGCUCCUUUGUGAGGGUGGAGGAGAGAGACUGUUAUAACGACUGCUACAUGGCGCUGGAGCACGGCCGGCAGUUCAUGGACAACAUGUCGGGAGGCAAAGUGGAUGAAAGUCUCGUGAAAAGCACUUGUCUUCAUCAGUGGCCAAAAUGCAAAUCGGCGGACAUGAACAAGCUGUUCUCUCAGGACGUGCUGCGGGUGCUGUUGUCCCUCCAGCCUGUCUUGCAGGACACCAUUCAGAAGAAGAGAAGCGUGCGCUCGUGGGGCGUUCAAGGACCCCUCACCUGGCAGCAGUUCCACAAGAUGGCCGGGAGGGGGUCUUAUGGUACAGACGAGUCUCCCGAGCCGCUGCCCAUCCCGACAUUUCUGGUGGGCUACGAGUACGACUUUGUGGUGCUGUCCCCCUUUGGCUUGCCCUACUGGGAAAAGCUGCUCCUGGAUCCUUUCGGCUCCCAGAGGGAUGUCGGCUUUGUCGUCGUCUGCCCGGAAAGCGAAACGCUCCUCUGCCGGGCCAAAACGUUCUUCAAAGAUUUGAGCGCCAUGUAUGAGGCGUGCCAGCUCGGCCAGCACAGGCCCAUCUGCAAAAGCCAUCCCGAGGGCAUCCUGAAGGUCGGCAGCACAGAAGGCAGGAGCAUGGCCGAGCAGCCCCUCAGCGACUGGUUCCUCAAGAUGGCCGCCAGAGACGGCAACAGCGACGCCUUCAAUAAACUCAAAGUCUUUGCUCAAGUGUGCCGCUACGAUCUAGCUCCCUACCUAGCAGAGCAGUCUCUGGACAGCUCCCUCCUAUCCCAGCGCAACCCCGCCACUGCCGCAUCUUCUCAGAGCCCCGCCUCUUCAGGAAACUCAAACGCCACCCAGAUCAACAGCGCCCCUCCGCCCGCCCCCUCCGGCACCCAGACCAUGGGUGGCUUGUCGUCGUCCAAGCCGGGCGCCUACGCCCCAUUUGGAGCCGGCGGGCUGCAGGGUAGCGCGGCGCCUAACGGGCCCCAGUCCAACCCACAAGGCCCGGGUGCGGAAAAUGGGGCCACUGCCCAAAGCUCGAGUGAGGCACCCGAGAGCACAAUGGAGAGAGAGAAAGUGGGCAAGCCAACGGACGGCGAGUCGCACGCCAUCUCCUACCCGCCCGCCAUCGUGGUGUACAUAGUGGACCCGUUCAGCUACACCGACGCCGACCGCGAGGUCCAUUCCAGCGCUUACACGCUGGGCCUCUUACGCUGCUACACGGAGAUGCUCCAGUUCCUUCCCAGUCGCAUCAGAAACGCCGUCUCCGUGCAGAUCGUUCCGUGCCAGUACCUCCUGCAGCCGGUGCACAGCGGCGAGCGGCACCUGUACGGCCAGCACCUCAAGUCGCUCGCCUUCUCCGUCUUCACGCAAUGUCGCCGGCCCCUGCCUAACUCCACCAACUUCAAAGCUCUGACCGGUUUCGGUCCCGGCCUUGCCAUCGACAUGGCGCUCAAAAACCCAGAGAGGCCGGAGUGUCUGCGUCUGUACACGCCGCCUUUCAUUCUGGCCCCGGUGAAAGAUAAGCAGACGGAGCUAGGCGAGACUUUCGGCGAGGCGUCGCAGAAGUACAACAUCCUGUUUGUGGGCUACUGCCUGUCGCACGACCAGCGCUGGCUGCUGGCGUCCUGUACCGACCAGCACGGCGAGCUGCUGGAGAGCUGCAUCAUCAGCAUCGACGUGCCCAACAGUAGGGCCCGCAGGAAAAUGGGCUCCGCCCGACGGCUGGGUCUGCAGAAGCUGUGGGAUUGGUGCCUGGGCUUGGUGCAGGUGACUUCACUGCCGUGGAGGGUGGUGAUUGGUCGCCUGGGGAGGAUGGGCCACGGCGAGCUCAGAGACUGGAGUAUUCUGCUGAGCAGGAGGAACCUUCAGUCCCUCAGCAAACGCUUGAAAGAGACAUGCCGGAUGUGCGGCAUCUCUGCUGCCGACACUCCCAGCAUCCUUAGCGCCUGCCUGGUCGCCAUGGAGCCUCAAGGUUCUUUUGUGGUCAUGCCAGAUUCGGUGUCGACGGGCUCGGUGUUCGGCCGCAGCACCACGCUCAACAUGCAGACGUCGCAGCUGAGCACGCCGCAGGACACGUCGUGCACGCACAUCUUGGUGUUUCCCACCUCGGCCAUGGUGCAGGUCAACACCAACACGUCGGAGCCCAUCGACAUCAACUUCAACCCCAUUAAUCCAGACGGCUCUGACGAAAUUGGCAUCUUCGAGCUGUUCGACAACGACAUGGUAGACCCGGACAUCAUCAGCAUCCUGCCCAACUCGCCCACCACCUCCCCUGUUCACUCGCCUGGCUCGCAUUACCACCAGGGCGGCGACGGAAGCAAGGGUCAGAGCGCGGAUCGCAUGGAAUCUCACGAGGAGGCGUUGAACAUCCUGCAGCAACCCAUGGCGCUAGGCUACUUUGUGUCCACUGCCAAGGCCGGCCCGCUACCCGACUGGUUUUGGUCAGCCUGUCCUCAAGCUCAGAACCAGUGUCCUCUGUUCCUCAAGGCUUCUCUGCACCUGCACGUGUCCUCUGUCCAAUCCGACGAGCUGCUGCACAGUAAACACUCCCAUCCCCUCGACUCCAACCACACCUCAGACGUCCUCAGAUUUGUCCUGGAGCAGUACAACGCCCUCUCCUGGCUGACGUGCGACCCCGCCACUCAGGACCGCCGCUCCUGUCUGCCUGUUCACUUUGUGGUGCUGACGCAGAUGUACAAUUUCAUCAUGAACAUGCUCUGAUGCUCACGGACGAGCCGUCACGCGACUCGCCGGGAGCAGGAAGAAGCCUCUCGGCGCUCCCGCCCAGCGUCCAAUCAGAUGCCAAGAAUCCAUUUUGGAUGAUCAAGGGAGGUUUCGUAAAAAGGUGUUUUUAAUGACUGUAGAUUGCAAUCGAUGAAAUUUUAUCCUAAUGAAAUGCCUGCAUAUAUUAUUUAUUGUAAGUUUUUAAAUGUGGAAUUUUUAACGCUUAAUAUCUUUUAUAUAUUACAAAUCCUAGCGGGUGUGUACAUCUCAGUGUAAAGGAAGUGGCUUUGGAACAAGUGGUGAACUUUUUUGCUGUAGAUGACUUUUAGAAUCUUAUUUUUUCAAAGAAGGGUACACGCCUUUUUAUCGCCACGCUGUAAACAUGAAGUGGACGCCUGGCCCCGCCCCCUCCCCGCGGCGAGCGCACAGGAAGAGUCGCGUCUCGCCCGCCAUUUUGGGGCUCCAGACGCUCUCGCACACUUGAACUCAAUGAGCUCUGGAGAGGAAUUCAAAAGGUACAUUGUCAGAUGAUAUAUUUUAUAUAACAGAUUUAGGUAAUCGUGUGUGUGCGUGUGUGUAUAUGUGUACAUAUAAUUGUGUGCCGCUACUGAUGGUGCAGCUUCUGUUUUAGGAAUAAAGUGCGUCUACAUGAUGCCACCUCCUUGAA